GUUCUGCAGUUUCGCUUGACAUGUCCGAGUUUACCACAUCUGUAGCAGAUGAUCGUUCUGAUGGGUGGUCUUCGAGGGACAUAAUUCGGAACACGUAUGGAAAUUAAUUCUGCACCUCCUCUAUAUCCAUUGGACAGUCAGGAUGGGAGAUACUUAGAUUCUGGCAGACAGCUCCAGAUGGAAGGAAAGAAAAGCUGGAGAGAAUGGAUAGAAGACUUAAAGAUCUAUAUCUGGAAUCCAGAGAAAAAAGAAGUAUUAGGACGGAAUGGGAAAAGCUGGGCUCAGAUACUUCUUUUCUACUUUCUACUUUACAUAUUUCUUGCUGGGAUGUUUGCAUUAUGUAUAUAUGUACUGCUUCUCACAAUAAGCCCAUAUGUACCUACAUACAGAGACAGAGUUUUUCCACCAGGUGUAACCAUCGGUCCGCUCGCUAGUGGAUUUCAUUAUAGAUUUAAUUCUACUGAAAAGAACACAUGGUCAUCUUACGCCACGGGUCUGCAUUCAUUUCUUGAAGCCUAUAAUGAUGACAAACAAAUUGCUACAAAUGUGGAAUGCACACCAGGAGAAUAUUUCCUUCAAGAAGGAGAGGAACAUGAAGAAAGAAAAGCCUGCCAGUUCCGUCGCUCAAUGUUAAAGAACUGUUCUGGAAUUGAGGACCCAAGUUUUGGCUUUUCUCAUGGAAAACCAUGCAUUUUACUAAAAAUGAACCGGAUUCUUGGGUUUAAAGCCGGCUCUGGAACACCAAUAACUGUGUCUUGUGAAACCUACAAAGCAGCUGAUGGUGAUUUAGGAGAAGUUAAAUUUUAUCCAGUAAAUUACUUUGACCUUAUGUACUUCCCUUACUAUGGAAAGCUUAGGCAUGUAAACUACACAUCUCCUCUAGUUGCUCUGCAGUUCACAGAACUGCCCCUUAAUCGUGACAUCACCAUACAGUGCAAGAUAAAUGGACAAGACAUUAUCAAUGAUCAUAAGACUGACCGCUUCCUGGGCAGAGUAAUCUUCAUGAUGAACAUUGGAUGAAUGGCCUCAUAUUUCCCAGUUCAGGAAACUUACAAGUGGUCAUAAUCAGACUAUUACUUAAUUUCUUUUAUUGCAGCAGUUAUACCAGUGCUGUCACCUGAAUGAAUCAGUACAUACUUUACUAGGCCACAGUCUAUGAGAUAUCUUCCUGCGUGCUACAUCUAGUCAUAGACUUGGCCUUCAUGGACUAGUGAGAGAAAAGCACCAUGGGAACAGGGCAGUGAAAUAAGCAUCCAUAAAACUGAAACGUAUGGGAAAGCCAUUGUUCAAGUCACUUGGUCACAUUUGGAUACCCACCAUACACUGCGGCUCUCCCAUUCAUAAGAACAACCAUUCAAGGAGUUUUUACUCAUGGCCUGUUAAAAAUUUAAAAAUAAACAUUGUACUAAUAUUUGGCCUAUUUGUUAUAGUUCUUUAGAAUGAUAAGAAUUAUAUUUAGUUAUAAUUGCAACUUGGACUUUGAGCUUUCCUAGAGUAGACAUCACAAAUGAGUUUGUCAUUGUUCUGUAUGUAGUGGAGAUUGAGAAUAAGUCAUUAUACAUAGAUUGUAUAUCAUUAAAAAAAUUACU